AUAGUCCCCAGUUUUGUUGCGUAGCGCGCCGUCAGCAGCGGAGCUCCUGCUGCACACCGGCUGCAUGUGUGUGUGUGUGUGAGAGUGUGUGUCGCACCGGACACAGAAAACACUCCGCUGCCGUUAUAACCUGCGUGUGUGUGUGAGAGAGUGUGUGAGAGUGUGUGAACUGCACCUGAGGACCGGAGUGUGUAGAGCCGGUUCCUGGGCGGGGAGCGCGGAGGAGCUGCUCUUUACUUGUUUGUCGGGAAUAUUGUUGGAGUCAAACUUCAGCUGCGGCUCCGAGUCGCUCUCUGCUCCGUGUCCGUGUCCGUGUCCGAGUCAUCAGGAUGUAAAUGUGGGAACUUUUUACCGAAGCACCGCUGACUCACGGGACGAGUUUGAUUUCUGUAACUUUUGGGACGUUUUGAGGAAUAGCAGAGGAAAGAGCUGCACAGAGAGAGAGAGCGCAGAGCUGCGCGUCAUCCUGAGGAGAGGAGACAGAGGAGGUUCAUGUCAUCAGAGUUCAACUGACCUCAGCACUGAACAGGAGAGUGAGGCGUUUGAUGUCAUCAGAGAUCAACAGGUGUGAACACUGAUCAGACGUGAUGGAGCGGUGGUGGGCAUGGCAGUUUGCCCUGGUCGCCCUGGCAACCAUUUGCCUCAUCCCCUCCGAUGGUAAAGAAACAGAGUUCCUCUCCGACACCCUCAUCAACAACGUGGUGACCGACCCUCGUACGGGCCGGCUGUACGUCGGCGCCGUCAACUCCCUCCACCAGCUGAACCACGACCUGGAGGUGGAGUCCCGCACAGAGACGGGCCCCAAACGGGACAACCGGCUGUGCACGCCGCCCGUCACCGACGCCUGCGAGGAGGCCAUAGACACCGACAACCACAACAAGCUGCUGCUGGUCCACGAGGCCAAGGACGUCCUGGUGGUGUGCGGCAGCGUCUACAGAGGAAUCUGCUCCCUGAGGAACCUCAGCAACGUGGAGCAGCUGCUCUACUUCAGCGACACCAAGGGAGAGAAGUCGUACGUGGCGAGCGCCGAGGAGAGCGUCUCCGUGGUGGGAGUGAUGUCCUACUUCACCAAGGACAGAGACAACUUCACCGUCUUCCUGGUCGGUAAAGGUUACGGCAGCCACGACAGCACCAAGCUCAUCUCCACCCGCAUCCUCCAGGACUACGGAGACUGGGUGGUUUUCGACAGCAUCAUCGAGGCGUCGGCGGUGCAGGCCAACCCCUUCGUCCUGCGCUACCUCCACGACUUCCGCUUCUCCUUCAAGGACGGCGGCUUCGUCUACUUCCUGUUCUCUCGGACUCUCGGGGUUCAGGACACCAAGAACUUCACCUUCAUCUCCAGGAUGUGCGAGGACGAUCAGGGCUAUUACUCGUACACUGAGCUGCAGCUCAACUGCAGCGCCAGCAACAAGUACAACAAAGCUCAGGCUGCUUAUGUAGGAACACCAGGUGAAGUUCUGGCUGAGACGAUGACCAGAUUAGGACAGUAUGGAGCCGUAUCAGCCUCUGACAAGGUUCUGUUUGUCACCUUCACUUCUGAUGAAGACCCGUCUACUUCAGCCAUGUGCAUGUACCCUCUUCAGUCCAUCAAUAAGAGGCUGGUGGAGAUAAUAGGAGCCUGCUACAGCCACAACGGCAUCAUUAACGAGAAGGCUGCCGUCUACUCGCCUUACUCCUCCAAGUCUGAGGAGCUGUGCAGCAGCAGUAAUCAGAAGGACAUGGCAAGGAGAUACAAAUGUGGAGCAGAGUUCCUGCCCUCGCCGCUGGCCAGCAAGGCCGAGUUCGCCUUAACGUCUGAGCCCCAGUUGGCCCGUAAGGGUCACAUGACUGCUGUGGCUGUUGCUGUGGAAAUGGGGCACGCUGUGGCGUUCCUGGGCACCGCCACCGGAGAGGUGCUGAAGGUUCACCUGUCGGCUAACCCUGAGGUGUACGGGCGAGCACCGGGCGACGUCACCGGAGACAAGGUCAACAAGAACCUGCUGUUCGAUUCCAGACUCCAACACCUGUACAUCACCACAGAGAAAAAGAUCACGAAGGUUCCAGUCCAGGCCUGCCACCAGAAGACAGACUGCCACUCCUGCGUCUCUAUGAAGGACCCGUACUGUGGCUGGUGUGUCCUGGAGGGAAAGUGCACCAGGAAGAAGGAGUGCAGCAGGUGGAGGGAGGAGAACACCUGGCUGUGGUCGCCCAAUCAGCAGUGUGUUCAGAUCAAGGCCUUCAACCCGCCGAACCUCAGCUGCAAGAAGACUCAGCAGGUGGACAUCAACAUCCCGACCCUCCCCGCACUGACCAUCACAGACAGACUGCAGUGUGAGUUCGGCACUUCUGUCAGCGGAGCUGUGGUGAAUGAAGUCAACGGUCAGGUGCAGGUUACCUGUGCGCUGCCCGACCCCUCGGAGAUCCCGCCCACUCCUGACCAGCAGGACUACGUGUCCGUCCCGGUCAAGGUUCUGGUGAACGACAACAUCUUGGUGACGCGUGGAGAGUAUCACUUCUACAACUGUGCUGCUACAGUCAGGAAGAACCAGAACACACCGUGUAUCGCGUGUGUGACCAGUGAGUGGGGCUGUCAGUGGAACGCUCAGGAUCACAGCUGCAGCGACAACGACGACAUGACGGGAGGAAGUCACAUCAUCAAACCACAACAGCCCGACAGCUGUCCUCAGUUUGAGUCUCCACAGCCGCUCCUGAUCCCCGUGGGUUUCCAAAUCCCCAUCAGCUUCCAGGGGAGGAACCUGGACAACUACAUGGGAAAGAGGUUUUCCAUCGGCACGGAGCUGAUGAAGGACUCAGAGGUGACGGUCCAACAGGAGCAGGGAUCCAACUUCAGGUUCCCAGGAUAUGAGUUUUCCUACGACAAGCAGCAGGAAGUCAACGUAUCGUUCCACAUCAAAGACAGAGACACCGAGAGGAAGAUUGACAGCACGCUGACAGUGGUGCUGUAUAACUGCUCCGUGGGCAGAGAGGACUGCAGUCUGUGUAAACACGCUGACUCUAAGUACCAGUGUGUUUGGUGCACAGCGCCACGCAGCUGUGUUUACAGGGAGCUCUGCCCGUCACCACAGCCGGCUCAGUGCCCCGACCCGCAAAUCACUGACAUCGUCCCUCGCUUCGGCCCUCUCAACGGUCGCAUCUCCGUCACCAUCAAAGGCUCCAACAUGGGAAUAAAGAAAGAGGACGUCAAGAAGAUCACAGUGGCCGGAGUGGAGUGUGUCCACCAGGCGGACAGAUACUCCGUCUCCACCAGUGUGGUGUGUGAGAUCGGCCCAGCGAGGAAAGUCCCGCCGUCUGACCUCCCGUUUGAACCGUCCAACAGCGGAGCGGUGGAGGUGGAGGUAGACGGAGGGAGGACAGGAAGGUCUCAGGUCUUUUUCACCUAUCGGGACCCCAAACCAGUCUCUGUCCAGCCCGCGAGGGGUCCAGCAGCCGGAGGAACCGUCAUCACCAUCAAAGGAGAAGACCUGGACACGGCCUCUAAAGAGGACGUGUCCGUCAGUGUGGGAGGAGUCCUCUGUGAAGUCCUGGAGUUUGGCGAAGAGAUCACCUGUAAGACCGGGAGGUACCGAGGGCAGAAGGUCCCCUCUGACCCGUUAACGGUGACGGUGAGAUACGGUAAAAACACCACCAAGGACGUGACAGCUGCGUACCAGUACUCCGAAAACCCCAAGAUCACAGAUUACUACCCCAAAGACAGCUUCAUAUGCGGUGGGAGGAGGAUUGUGGUGGAGGGAAGUGGUUUUGAUCUGAUCCAGAAAGCCACGAUGAAAGUCCUGACAUCCACCGACGACGUGUUCACACAGAAGACCCCGUCUGUAGAGUUUGUCCAGGAGUCUCUGAGUAAGAACGGCACCGUCCUCCAGUUUUACUCUCCUCCGGUAAACUGCUGCGCCAACAGCCCGUCUCUGCGCACCGUCCUCCAGCUGGACAACGUGAUGGAGGACCUCAAGGGUUUCAACUACCACCCUGACCCCACCUUCAAUGAGCUCGACAAGAACGUCAUUACUGAGACCAGCAUCAUCAUCGUCACUGGUCGAGGUUUCUCCAAGGCCAUGACAGCCAAAGAGGCGCAGGCUUUUGUUGGAGACGCUUCCUGUCAUGUUAACAUCCUGCAGGAUGAUAAGUUGAUCCUGGAUGCUCCUUCGUCGCAGCCCAAAUCCAGAUCCAAACGCCAGCGCAGAGACACGACCAAUGAACCGCUGGACCUGACGGUGAAGUUCGGUCACGGCGUGUGGACGGUGGGUUCAGUCUACUACGCCAGGAAAGACGACAUCCCUCUGGCUAUAAUCAUCCCCGCAGUCAUCGUCCCCAUGCUGCUCUUCAUCAUCGUGUCCGUCUACUGCUACAGGAGGAAGAGUCAGCAGGCGGAGCGAGAGUACGAGAAGGUGAAACACCAGCUGGAGAAUCUGGAGGAGAGCGUCAGAGAUCGCUGCAAGAAAGAGUUCACAGAUCUGAUGAUAGAGAUGGAGGAUCACACCAGCGACCUGAGCGAGGCCCGGAUCCCUUUCCUCGACUACAAAACCUACACCGACCGAAACUUCUUCCUGCCCUCCAAGGACGGCGCCAACGACACCAUGAUCACAGGGAAAAUACAAAUCCCAGAAGCCCGCAGGGCCAUCGUGGCUCAGGCGCUCAACCAGUUCUCCAACCUGCUCAACAGUAAAACCUUCCUCAUCAACUUCAUCCGCACGUUGGAGAGUCGUCCGGACUUUAACGCCCGGGCUCGUGGUUACUUCGCCUCACUGCUGACAGUGGCGCUGCACGGUAAACUGGAGUACUACACUGACAUCAUGAGGACGCUGCUGUUGGAGCUGAUGGACGAACAUGUGCAGAACAAGAACCCCAAACUCAUGCUCAGGAGGUCGGAGACGGUGGUGGAGAGGAUGCUCUGUAAUUGGAUGUCCAUCUGUCUCUAUCAGUUCCUCAGGGACACAGCAGGAGAGCCUUUAUACAAACUGUUUAAGGCGUUGAAGCAUCAGGUGGAGAAAGGACCAGUGGACGCCAAGAUGAAGAAAGCCAAAUACACACUGAACGACACGGGACUGCUGGGGGACGACGUGGAGUACUCUGUACUGACUCUGCAGGUGUUGGUGCAUGGGGAGGGACCAGACGUGACUCCAGUGAAGGUGUUGAACUGUGACACCAUCUCACAGGUGAAAGAGAAGAUCAUCGAUCAGGUGUACAGAAAUCUGCCGUACAUAGAUACUAAAGAUACAUUUCCCUUAUUGACGUCAAUUUUUUCUUGUCCGUCCACAGAGUGGCGUCCCGGCUCCACAGGUCAGAUCCUGUCUGACCUCGACCUCACCUCCCAGAAGGAGGGACGCUGGAAGAGACUCAACACUCUGGCUCAUUACAACGUUCGAGAUAACGCCACGCUGGUUCUGUCCAGAGUUCUGCACACACAGUCUUUCCACCAGCACCAAGACAGCUACGAAGAGAAAAACGCCCUGCUGGAGGACGACAACACCUUCCACCUGGUGCGGCCGGCGGACGAGAUCGACGAGGUGAAGUCGAAGAGAGGCAGCAUGAAGGACAAGGCCAUGACCAAAGCCAUCACGGAGAUCUACCUGACCAGGCUGCUGUCCGUCAAGGGCACUCUGCAGCAGUUCGUGGACGAUUUCUUCCGCAGUGUUUUGUGCUCGAGCUCCGUCGUCCCUCCUGCAGUCAAAUACUUCUUUGACUUCCUGGACGAGCAGGCGCUGAGACACGACAACGUGGACGAGGAGACGCUGCACAUCUGGAAGACCAACAGCUUGCCUCUGAGGUAUUGGGUGAACAUCUUGAGGAACCCUCACUUCAUCUUCGACGUCCACGUGACGGAGGUGGUGGACGCUUCGCUACACGUCAUCUCUCAGACCUUCAUGGACGCCUGCACCAAGACGGAGCACAAACUCAGCAGAGAGUCUCCCAGCAACAAGCUGCUCUAUGCAAAAGAGAUUUCCACGUACAAGAAGAUGGUGGACGAUUACUACAAAGGCAUCAGACAGAUGGUUCCAGUCAGUGACCAGGACAUGAACACACACCUUGCUGAGGUGUCCAGGCAACACACAGACAAACUGAACACCCAGUUGGCCUUACAUCAGCUGUACCAGUACGCCAGCAAGUACUACGAUGUGAUCAUCCAGUCGCUGGACGAGGACCCCGCAGCCCAGAAUAAGCAGCUUACUCUCCGCCUCCAACAGAUCGCCGCCGCCCUGGAGAACAAGGUCACUGAUCUUUGACCCCUGACCUCGCCGUGGGGUCGGGGGGACAAGCUAACGGCUACUAAAACACAGGAUGUUGUUUUGCAUUUAAGGACUCAAAGGAGGAUGAGCUCGCGGACUCUACCGAAUGUUUGAUCAUGUAAGGACUGAAGUGGGAGGGGCUAGUGGAGCCACAGGAAGCUGUUGACCAUUUAGGGACUGAAUGGGGGAGGAGUUAUGGGACUCCAGGGGGGAGAGGAGCAGAGAUUUUGGACAAAGUGCUAGAAUAUGCUCAGAGUGGUGGAAACAGAAUCGCUGAUGUCUGCUUAAGUUGUAUGGCGUAUUUCCACUUGGCGUCCCAAAACAAAUACCACAGAGGGAUGCAAAAUGGCGACUGUAAUAUGGCUGCAGAUGGGAGCUGUGUGAAAUCAAAGGGUUAUUUUUUUAAAAGGCGUUCAGUACGUGUGAUCUCGGAGCAUUUUUGUGUUUGGCUUCUCUAUACCACAAAUUUUAUUUUGCCGUAGAGGAAGUGAAGAAGAAAAAGUGCCGCACAAGGAAUGAAGAUUUCUGGAUGAUUGAAGAAUCGAAGUGAAGUAAUGAGACAUUACCAAAUAUUUUAUUUUUGCCCUUUUUGGAAGUUGGCAGUGGAAGUUCAGCUGCUCCAGGACGCUUUGUGACCACUUCUCCUUCAUUGUAUUACAUGAGAGUCUAUGAACUGUGGAUGGGAGGUGGAUCAGUCUGAUCUGAGGUCAGAUUUUCUGUCUCUAAAUACAGGAACCAGAAAAUCUGAUCUCUUGUCAGCAACAGAUUUUGGUUUUCAUCCUAAACGCUCUGAUGAACUUUCUUUUACCUUAAAGCAAGCUCAAAUAAAAGUAAUCGACCAAUGAAAACCCACUACGGUACACACCACUGGCCAACCGGGUCUUGGUUCGACCUGAAGGCACAGCUGAGGAAAGUGAAUUCAGGGUAUGACGUCCAAAAAUCAAACCAUAACAUCAUCUUUCCUUCUGUCAUGGCCAAAUGUUGUUUUCAUAUCAGAGUAUGUGUUUCUAUGCUGAUGACACUGUGCUGUUGACUCGAGUCGCAGCUGAAUAAUUUGCUCUGUUUAGUUUUAAUAUUAUUCUUUGUUUGCAGGCUUUAAGCAGAGGCUUCGCAUUUCCAUAUAUAACAUGAAAAUGAUCUUUUUAAUGGACUGAUACGGUGCCGCUUUGUUUUUUCUUUUGUAAAGUGUUGAUCAGGGUGGUCCAUGAUGUCAUAUCCUGUGAGUAAGAGUGUGUGUGAGAGUGUGUGUUCAGUAGUAUAUCAACACCGUUGCCACUUUGUUGCCGAGGACCAGCUUGUUUUUACUUUAUGUGAAAAAUCAUGACUGCCUAAUCAUGUGGUUGAAACACUUUUAUUUUUUUUAAGUGUGAUUCGUUGUUAUAAUUUGUACGAUUUAACUUCUUUUGCAAAACUUCUUCCAUAUAUGAUGCUGCGUUUUUCUUUUCUGCACACGUAAGAAGUGUCUUCUGAAGACAGGGUAUCCAUGGAUCCUUCAAAAAGGCUUAAAGUGACUCUAGAAGUUAA